AUGAAGCAAUUCGCAGGGCUUCUCUUCCUUUGCACCGUUCUUCUCUCCUCAGUCGCUGGAAAUGCUGAUUCCGGGAUGAUCACCGAUCUAUGCAAACACACUGAUGAUCCCAAACUAUGUCUUUCCAGCAUUCAGGCGCGUCCCGAGUCAGGCGAGUUCGCAGCCACCAACAACCAAAUCGAGAUCAUAGCUAUUUCCGCCGCCUCAUCAAACGCUUCCGCCACUUCCGCAUACAUCAAAGAAAAGCUCAGCCGCGAGGAUCUGGAGCCGGCGACGGAGGACACUCUCGAGGAUUGUCAGAAGAACUACCAAGACGCCGUGGAGCAGCUCGACGACUCGAUCUCCGCGAUGCUCGCGAACGCACACGCAGACGUUGACGUGUGGCUGCACGCGGCGAUCAGCGCCAUCGAGUCCUGUGGAAACGCGUUGGAGUCACGCGCCGGGAAUGAUGCGGAGCUUUCCCGGAAGAACGAGGUUUUCCUCAAGCUAUGCAAAAACGCUUUGGUGAUUAACAAGAUGUUAACUUGA